CCACCGUCCGCGCUCAUCAUGUUGUCGUCUUCCGUCCCGUCGUCCCGUGUGAAUAAAACUUAAUUCGAGAAAAAACGAGAAAAUAUGGAAAGCCCGCCACUGUCUGUCGACUCCAGCCGUCGCGGCUCUGUCGACUCCGUAGAGGAUCUCGACGCAUACUUUGCCGACUACGUGCCGCUGUCCAACCUGCCAACCCCGCCUCCCGUCGUUGGCAGCAACACCUGGAACGAGUCCACCCCAAGAAGCCCCUCCGAUGCUCUCGAUGGCAACCAGGAUCUCAGAGGAGCCGCGUCUCACCUGGCCAAGCUCGUGCCCUCCAACGCCUGCACCAACCGUCGUCCGUCUGUCACCACCAUCCAAGACUACCUUAGCCGCUCCGGCGUGCCGACCGAAGUCCUCGGCCUGACCGCCUGCAUCCUGGACGCGCUCAGCAUGCGAUUCGCCAAAAAGUGGCGCAACGCCCUUGCCCUGUCAUCUUCGACUCCCCUGCCGCUGGACCGUACCCACCUGCGCUCGCAGUCGGCGCCCGCCUUUUCGCUGCUCCAGACCGCUGGCGCCGGCGUCAAGAGCACGGCCGAGCCCGAGCUGCUGGUCCUGGCCGCCCUGUCCCUGGCCUCUUCGUACCUCGACGAUGCCCACGUCUCGCUGCAGCACUGGGCCAACCACGUCUCCAACGGCGUCUUUGCCGCCCGCCACGUCGCCGCCACCCACCGCUGCGUGCUGCAGGACCUCGACUACGACUUGCACUCGUUCACGCCCGACUUCAUCCAGGACGCCGUGCGCGACAUGCAGCGCGCCAGCAAGCGCCUCAGCCGGUGCCCCGACGCGGGCGCCUCGCUCACCCUGGCCGAGGAGGAUGUCAAGGCCGCCAUGGAGCGGUGCAAGCCUAAGCCGCUCUUCCUCCAGGGCGCGACGUCUGCCACCUGGUGCAACGGCCUGGCGACGCCGGAACCCAGCCCUGGGUGCGACGGGCUGGUGGAGGAGCCGACCUCGGUAUGCGCGUGGGAAAGGUGUUGAUCAAAAGUGGAGGGCGAUGUCUUUGAGCGUCUGCCCUUGUUUCGUUGUGCGUUCACUGCGUUCACUGCUUGUUGCGAAGGCUUGGCGCCGUCCACGGGCGGCGACCGAGCGGGGCGUUUUUGUUUUGGGAGCUGCGUGUUGUGUUUGCUGCAAAGAUACCCCCCGGUUUUGUAGCCGUGCAGCGCUUUGGCGCGCCGGCAAUUUUGUUGUUACAUCUUUGGAGGGAAACGCGAGGAAGAGCGAGCGGGCAAGCGGGCGUGUACACUGAUACUACCUAGCUAGCUACCGUAAUGUUUGUAAUGUCUUGAAGCCGUCACUCCACGAUGGAUGACGUUGCAAAAACCAUUUCCCCGCCG